AUGUUGUUUGCUGCUUCUGCUCCCUUGGUUACCAGAAAACCAGGGAAGAACUCCUUGGCAGAGGUGUUGGCCAGAGCCUUUGGUGCAUCAAAAGGCUGGAGAAAUCUGGUGAACAUGUUGCGGAUACCAUAUGGGCCAGGAGCCGAGGAGUAUUUUGACUAUGAUGAAGAUAGUGCAUUUGGGCCUCAACACUGGGGAGAUCUGGAUCCGGAUUGGGCAACUUGCAAAGAUGGGAAAAGGCAAUCACCAAUAAAUAUAAAUCAUGAGAUUAUUGAAGUGGAUUCGAGUAUUGGAAGCUUGAUGACAAGUUACAACAGCACUUUUGCAAUUAUGCAAAAUACGGGCCAUUACAUAUUGAUUAACUGGACAGAAGGCGCAACACCUGGUGCAGGAUCUCUUUUGAUUGAUGGCAAGGACUAUGUUCUUCAACAAUGUCAUUGGCACUCACCCUCUGAGCAUAUAUUUUUUGGUGAGAGGUACCUUUCUAUAACUCCAUCUCCACCCUUUUUUUUGGUAACGUAUCCUCUGGAGUUGCAUAUGGUCCACAUGAAUUCAGAUGGAAGCAUAGCUGUCAUUGGCAUCUUGUACCAACAUGGCUCUCCUGAUCCGUUCCUUUCAAAGCUGCGGAACUACUUGGAGUAUCUGAUACGGGAGCAAAAAGAUGAGGUUGUCGUGGGAUAUUUACCUCCACCACCAAUAGAGAAUCGAGCUCCUUAUUAUAGAUACUCUGGCUCUCUAACCACUCCACCCUGCACUGAAAAUGUUACUUGGAUCCUACUACGAGAGGUUUGCAUCAUCUUUAACUUACCUAUUAUGCUUGCCUCCUUUGCUAAGCUCUGCCUCUUUAUCAAUCAAUUCAUUGUGGUUUUAGGUGAGGCCCGUAUCAGAAGGACAAGUAGACCUGCUAAGGGCUGCUUUACAUUAUGUAAGUUGGCUGAUUGAGAAUUAUCAUAUUCAAUGCAAUGCAAUUACAUUAGAUUACUUAAAUAUCUUUGUAGCUUGCUGAUGGCCGACGAAAUGGUCUAUUUUGUGUUCAAUUACCUUUCUGCAGAAGGACAAUGCAAGACCAAUUCAACCAAUCAACGGACGCAAGGUCUACUUGUACAAACCAUGGAUACACGAAGAUCAUGCGAGUCCUAUUGCUACAUAAUUACUUUGAUGGGAAAAUCUUAUUCCAAACAGCAAAUAAAAUAACCAAGAGUUUAGCAUACUUUGUUGCUCUGCUUUUAAAAUCUGAAAUAAGGUGUUGUGGCCCUACGUUGAAGGCCAGCCGCUUAAAUAAACAUUUCAGUCCAUGGUACAUAGUGAUCGUAAUGCAAUGUAUUCUCUUUUCUUGUAUCAGCUAUUUCUUUCUUGUGCA